ACCAAGGUCGGAAUUGGCCCCAAAAGAGACGUCAUCCUCAUUCUACUCGGCGAUCAUAACCUCCAUUCGCCACCAGUGGCACAGCAGUAAAUAUGCAGUAAAGUCCUGCGCCAGCGAAGAAGACAACAGGAGGGGACAGAUGAGGCUUUUGGAGUUCGUUCCUUGCGGCCGUCCCGCCGCGCUGCCGGAGGACUCACCGCCGAGCCCACGGCUGCCGGAGGAGGCGGCGCCGGCGAGUCCGAGCCUGAGGGAGGGGAAGGCAGAGGCACCGCUGCUCUCCCAGACGACCAGCGCCAACUCCGAUAAGCGCCGGCGGAGACCGUCCCACGGGACGGCUUCGCCAUGGCGGCCGUCGCUCAUCGCGAUCUCCGAAGACGGCACCCAGGCUGCGACGGCGGCGGUGGCCGCGAAGGGUGGGGUUCGGGGCGGUGGAUCGCGGAAGACGAGUGCCAAAUCACCGGGGAGGAUUCUCCCUCGCAAGGAGCGAGGCGACUACUGGCACUAUGGAGUUCCCACAGUCGUGCCUGCAGUGCCUACAUUUGCUCCGACUGCCUUCCUGUUCUGAAGCUCUCCCCCGGUCCGUAUGCCAAGAAUCAGAAGCAAAAAGUCUCAUGCCAUGUUGACAACAACGGAAAAUUGAGCCUUGAUAUAUUGUUUCACAGUAUUGCAAAUUUUUAGUGCUUCCGUACAUUAUACCAUUGUUUUAUUAUUUCCUUUUUUUUUCUUCUCUCUCUCUCUCUCUCUCUGUCUCUCUACUUGCUUAUCAUGUAAUGUUGAAGUCAACUGCUCGGAAUUCCCUGAGGGAAUAAAACCACAAUGUAUGAUUUAUGAUUUCGAACCCUUCAGUUCGAACGAUAUGGCACAAGGGAGUCGGAGAUUAUUGCGCUAUGAAAAUUUAAUUAUUUCCAA